AUGUCGAUCGAUCUGAAUACGAAUAAAAAACAGCUUUUAGAUGCUUGGAAAGCAGUUUGUGAUAACGAGAACGGUGUGAACUGGGCGCUAUUUGGUUAUGAGGGCAAAAGUCAUGUUUUGAAAGUGGUGGAAACAAGUGAUGGCGAUUUGCAAGACUUGAUCGAAGAAUUGAAUGGAAGUAAAAUUAUGUACGCAUUCUGUCGUGUUAUUGAUCCAAAUACAAAAUUACCCAAGUUUGUUUUAAUCAAUUGGUCUGGAGAUGGUGUACCAACUACGGUUCGAGGGACAUGUUCCAAUCACGUACGAUAUGUUACGGAAUUUUUUCGAGGUGCUCACUUAGUCAUCAAUGCACGCUCGGAAGACGAUGUUGAUCCUGACAGCGUUAUUGAUAAAGUAUCCAAAUCUUCUGGUUCGAAUUACAGCUUUCACAAAGAGUCUCAUAAGCCUGUAGCACCUAUAGAACCUGUCGGGACAAAUUAUCAACCGGCUAGGGUAACCUUAAAUCAAGAUAUCAAUAUUCAAAAACGUGAUCACUUUUGGCAAAAAAUACAAGACGAAGAGAAACAACGUUCGAAAAAUGAAGAAGCCAACGCUGCUUCAAAACGAGCUCAAUAUGAAAAGGAAAUAAAAGAGAGAGAGGUAUUAUCAACGAUGCCUUUACGGGCAGAAGCGGCUAAACUUAGUCAGCUAGGCAAAGAAUUUCAUCAGCGAGAAAUGCAACAAGCAGCAAGCGGCAAACGUAAUGUUACUCCAUCAUUACGUGAUGAAGCUACCAAGUUAAUUUCCAGUUCUGCAUCCAAACCCUCGUCAGAUCAGGAAGUUAUUACCAGUACCGCCGAAAGUAAAGCUGAGGAAGCUGCUAGAUUAAUCAGAGCUGGUCGAGCGUUUCAUGAACAAGAUCAACAAGCUUUACAAACCAGUAAAGCUACUGAAUCAUCGCUACGUGAUGAAGCUACUGCCUUGAUUAAAAGAGGCAUUGCGGAGAGGCAUAGUCAAGAUCAUGGUCAAGUAAGGGUUAGAAGUGAAAGUAAAGCAGAAGAAGCCGCUAGAUUACAACGUAAAGAAGUGUCGUCUGAACAGAGUAAUCAGCCUUCAGAACCUGAUAGAGUAGCAGAAGCUGCAGCGUUAGUUCGUCAAAGUAAACAAGAACGUACCUUUGAGCAAACAACUGCUACUAGUCAACACUAUGUAGAGGAAUCUUACCAACAGCAAAGUAGCCCGCCUCUUUCAGGAGUUCAUGCAAAGGCGUUAUACGACUAUCAAGCAGAUGCUGCAGAUGAGAUAUCUUUUCAACCUGGAGAUAUCAUUUACGAUAUUGAAAUGAUCGACGAAGGCUGGUGGAUUGGUUAUACUAGCAACAGUGAUAAGGGAAUGUUUCCUGCAAAUUAUGUAGAAUUAAUAGAGAGUUAA